AUGGUAAUGGAAGAUCACCAUUUUCGUCAUGAUCAUCAAUUCACUUUUGAUCAUACAAUCUGGACAAAUUAUCCUCUUCAAAAUCUUUGCACACCCUCUUCAUCAUCAACUCCGUUACAAGCUCCAAAUAUACUUAGCAAUAAUAUGAUGAAUCUUGAGAAGCAAGAAGUGGAAGAAGAACCCGAGGAAGAAUUAGGAGCCAUGAAAGAAAUGAUUUUCAAGAUUGCUGCAAUGCAACCAGUAGAUAUUGAUCCAGUCCCUAUUCGGAAGCCUAAAAGGAAAAAUGUCCGUAUAAGCGACGACCCUCAAAGCGUGGCAGCAAGGCACAGAAGAGAGAAAAUAAGCGAAAAAAUGCAAAUUCUGCAAAGACUUGUGCCCGGAGGUACAAAGAUGGACACUGCAUCCAUGCUAGAUGAAGCCAUUCGCUACGUCAAGUUCUUAAAAAGGCAAAUUCGACUGCUCCAAGCAAAUCACAACCGACCAUCUAUAGGAGUUGCAACCACCACUUCAACAGAAGAUUGGCUGGCAGUAACAAUGGGUAAAGAUCCAGGCUCCGCCUCCACCUCUAACGCCAUCAUAACAGGGACAUCAUAUACAUUUGGAGGUAAUGUGUUUGGGGGAUCUCAUUUGCACUGA